GGCAGUUUCUCGCCAUGUGGUAGAAUGAAGCUUGAGAAACUUUGCAGGCUCUGGCCCUUUGUCGCUCCUUAUCAGCUCACAUGCCGAUCGACCAGCACGUCUCAAGAUGUUCUGGGGCUCGAAGAUACUGGCAAUCAGAGUCUCGUCACUAUCCUUCCCUCCUGGGACGUGAUCGGCCCAUUCAGAGUAGGGACUCGAGAAAUUGUCUGGGGUGCUGACCCUCUUGAGUUUUAUGGGGGAAUUCGACACGCCAGUCCGAAUCAGCCAGGCAGAUUCAGGAGUCCAUUAGCAAGAAAUGCGACAGUGCAAUGGGCUCGGAAGGAGUACAAUACUUCGCUAUCGAACGGUGAACACUCACUCAAUUUCUCUCUUGAAUUUGGUGAGAUCGAUUGGGAAUUCGCCCAAAACAUCUAUGGCUGGUCGGCGUUCCAGUACCAGGCGUGGGCUAAAGGGGAGAUCUUGAAUCAAGACAUCGCGAGUAGGGCUGUAAGUGUUUUCAGCGACAAUAUUCUUGAGCUUUGGAUCAAUGAUUUGCACGUCUUUGGUGGAGAUUUCUUUGGGUUUGGACGAGCUCCCGUCCUGGUUCAGCUCCAUCCUGGUACCAACAACAUCAGCGUACGGCUCGUCCGCGAGGUUCGCUCCAUGGGUGGUGCAUUUCCUCCAACUCUCCAAGCAGAUUUGAGAAUUCGCCUUGCUUCUGAACAGCUCACUGUUGUGGCAAAUAGCCUGGUGAUGCCGAACGUUGUCAAUGGAAGAUUCUGCACGCGAUACGGUAGCAUAACUGUCCGAAAUCAAGGUGCAACAUGGGUACGCGUGCACCGGAUAGCUGCUCUCUCCGAGGAAAGCAGUUAUGUCGUGGCAAGUCAAGAGAUACACCUUGCACCUGGCCAAUCGCGUCCGGUGAAAAUGGUAUUCGAGGGCCCUCUCAAGUUGGACGAAUCACUGAGGUUGGUUCUGAGUUAUUCGGGCAACGGUGCGGCGCCAAAGGAGAUCACCUUCACCAUAGAGCUGGAACACGCAGACAUAUCAUCCUCGCAAAGAAUCACAUUCCUUCAUCCGAGCGGCACAGUGUCUCAUGCGCUAUUGAAACCGCCAUCUGCGGCCAACGCGACAAUGGAUGAGAGGUUACCUGUGCUCCUGAAUCUUCAUGGCGCUGGCGUGGAGGCAGAUGGCCCCUUGGCACGACAUAUGUUUGAUGAUGCUCCUCAUCUUCCAGCAUGGAUACUCACUCCUACGGGCAUGAGCCCCUGGAGUGGCGACGAUUGGCAUACUUGGGGCUUUGCAGACGCUCAAUCCGCAAUUGCCGCAGUACCUGAUUGGAUUAACAGCACUGAAUGGAAUGGCUCAAGGCUGUAUUCUGAGAAAUUUCUCGUUGCAGGCCACUCCAACGGCGGGCAGGGGACGUGGUACUUUGCUUCUCAUCUUCCUGAUCGCCUUCUGGGAGCUGCCGUCGCUUCGGGCUAUUCAUCGAUUGAAAACUACGUGCCAUAUAUUCUGUGGAACGAGGCGGACCCUCUCCAAGACGCUAUCCUCGAGACCUCGAGGAGCAACUUUCGUCAUGAAAUCCUGACUGAGAAUCUAGUGGGACUUUCUAUAUUUCAACAGCAUGGAUCAGCAGAUGACAAUGUUCCAACUUACCAUUCUCGAUUGAUGAACACCCUACUGAACCAAGCGGGCACAAUAGCGCAAUAUUCGGAGAUACUGGACAAGGGACAUUGGUUUGACGGUGUAAUGACCACCAAAUCAAUGAUGGACUUUUAUUCGCGCCAUCUGAGUAUACACCCGCCUGCCCUAACUGUACCCACCGCUUUUAAUCUUGUCGUUCCGAAUUCCCAUGACAUGGGAUCUAGGUAUGGCGUCGUUGUCGACCAACUGUCAUCCCCAGACAGAUUGGGAAGACUGAAGGUAACAACAAACUUGCGUGGAUCUCUCGUCCAAUGGCAUAUACGGACAGAGAACAUCCAUCGAUUCCAUCUGGAUCCCAACGCACGACUCACCAACCCUCCUGACCAAGUCCUCAUUGACGAUGUGCCGCAUAUGUUCGACCUUGGAAAAGGAGCGGCUUCUUUUGUGAAGUCCACUUCCAAUGUGUGGGGUAGAGACGUCGCCUUGAAUUGGAGGACUCUGGAUCAAAGAUUCGGUCGUCAAAGAGGGGCCCUCGAGGCAAUCCUCCGAAGCGCGGGACCAUUCGAAGUCAUUUACGACUCCGACAAGACACUGCCCAUCGCAAUACAGACGAGCCGAAACUUUCUGCAGUACUUUGGAGCUGACACAAACAUUUUGCCUUCCCCCGCAUAUCAGCAAGCACUGGAAAGGGGCUCAAAUAUCAUCAUAAUCUGUCUUGGAAGCUUUGUCCCAGAAGCUCGCCUCCCGAGAUUCCCAAUUCGACUUGCCAAUAAGAAGGUCUUCUUUACCGCACCAGAUUCCAGAUCGAAGUCGUUGCAUUUGAGAAAAGGCAUGGGCGGAGUCUGGCUUCGGCCUCUCUCGGGGGAGCGGUUGGAGCUUGUUGUAUGGGGAGCUGACGAGACUGGACUGCGACAAGCUGCGAGGCUGAUACCCACAGUCACUGGAGCUGGUCAGCCGGAUUUCGUGAUAUUGGGUAGUGAGGCAAGAUGGAAGGGUCAUGGAGGUGCCAUUGCAAUGGGCUUCUUUGAUCGCAGUUGGAGGAUAUCCUCCGCUUCGUACCUGCCCUAGUGACGGGGAGUUGUAGGGUUUCGUGAACGAGAGGGUGGGUGGACGUGAGUACUGUUGGCCAAAGAGCUAGUUGGAGCAGCAGGAAUAACUGCUGAGAGACUCUGGGAGGCAUUUAUAUUCCCUGGUAGGUCACUGGGAAUGACACGGACAAGAAGAGGCAGAGUUGGGAUGAGGAAAGCGCGCUCCCUGCGACCACUGCAC